GGACCCGGGAGGCGAACUGGGACCCACUCUCUAGGGCUCAGUGAGCGCCUCCCCCGGCAUGGAGUCCCCCGAGCGCGCGCAGGAGUCUCGGGUCCGGGUUCCCAGGGUUGAUCCGUACGGAUUUGAAAGACCUGAAGACUUUGAUUAUGCAGCCUACGAAGAGUUUUUUUCCGCCUAUCUGGUGAUACUCACGAGAAGAGCGAUAAAAUGGUCCAAACUUCUGAAGGGAGGCGGGCGCGUCCAGAAAAGCAUGACAGUGAAGCGCUACGUCCGCAAAGGGGUCCCGCUGGAACACCGUGCCCGAGUGUGGAUGGCACUGAGUGGGGCCCAGGCCCAGAUGGACCAGAACCCUGGCUACUACCACCGGCUCCUCCAGGAAGAGAGAGACCCCAGCCUGGACAACGCCAUCAGGACAGAUCUGAAUCGGACCUUCCCAGACAACGUGAACUUCCGGAAGACCGCAAACCCCUGUUUACAGAAGGCCCUGUAUAAUGUGCUGUCAGCUUAUGGGCAGCACAACGAAGGUGUGGGGUACUGCCAGGGAAUGAACUUUAUAGUGGGAUAUCUGAUUCUCAUAACAAAGAAUGAGGAAGAGUCUUUCUGGCUGUUGGAUGCUCUUGUGGGGAGGAUACUGCCUGAUUACUACAGCCCAGCCAUGCUAGGCCUCAAGACUGACCAGGAGGUCCUUGGGGAGCUGGUGACGAUGAAGCUGCCAGCUGUGGGGGCCCUGCUAGAUCAGCAUGGUGUGCCAUGGACCCUGCUGGUGUCUCGCUGGUUCAUCUGCCUGUUUGUGGACGUUCUUCCUGUGGAGACAGUGCUUCGGGUCUGGGACUGUUUGUUCAACGAGGGCUCCAAGAUUAUCUUCCGAGUGGCUCUGACCUUGAUUAAGCAACAUCAAGCGUUCAUUUUGGAAGCUACGAGCACUGCAGACAUCUGUGAGAAGUUCAAGCAGAUCACCAAAGGGCACCUAGUGAUGGACUGCCACACACUCAUGCAGAACAUAUUUUCAGAACCCGGAAGCUUAUCCAUGACGACUGUGAACAAGCUACGUGAGAGCUGCAGGGCCAGGCUGCUGGUGCAGGGCUGAGCUGGCCCAGGCACUGGUGAUGGAGCUGCACCAGUUUUUACCACCUUCCUUUUGGGCUGUAAAUACUUGAUGUCACUGCACUUUAGUUGUGAAUUUUUUAUUAUAAAAGAGUAAUUUAAAAUGAUGUCAUUCUGCAACCUUUGGGUUAUUAGCUAUGAAGUUGUUUCCAAAGAAAAACUACUUUUAUAUAAAAUAUGAGGGGCAUACGUUUGUAUAUAAUAAAAUAUGUCAAUAAC